GAGCUAAUGCGCAGUGAGAAUACGGCCACAACAACAGCGACCAGUAGUCAGUGAAGUUAACCAACUAUGCUCCAAGAAAUCAGGAACGCCGUCGAUUUUAUAACAACUGUCCUUUUAAAGCGCCAGUCCGUCUCUGAAAAUAUAUGCGAAAAAUUUAAUAUUACGUUAAUCGACGCCUUUAAACAACGUUUUAGGGAACAUUGGUUUCCUGAAUCACCCGACCGAGGCUCCGCUUAUCGGUGUGUUCGCAUUAACUACGAUAUGGACCCAAUUCUGAGUAAAGUCUGUGCAAAAAUUGGAUUGGAUAUAAAUCUUCUUAAAUCGUCUCUGCCCUACGAAAUCACAGUUUGGAUCGAUCCGGAGGAAGUUUGCUACAGGAUAGGAGAAGACGGUUCUAUUGGUGUUUUGUACGCUUCGAAACAGGAGAUGACGCAAAGAUCCUGCAAACGAGAAGCGUCCCCGGUACAACGUCUUCAAAUGGCUCAACCCGUUUACGCAAGUUAACGAGUUAAAUGUUUGGACAGAAAAUCAACUGAUCUCCUAGAAAACCGGCGAUAUUUGCUAUACGAAAAUUCCUCGAGUUUUUACUACCAGUUUUCUCAAAUGAAUGCUGGAACACUUUGCUCCGAAUAUUUUUUAAAAAAAAAAGCGGAUUCUUAAUUUUUUAUUUGACUUUUUCAUGCAGAUGACAGUAUUCGUUAACUGUUGAAAACUUGAUGAAUAUUCUAUAGCGAAUCUCUAUACGUACUUUUCCGAAUAGUGUCGUAAAUAUUUCUGUGUUCAGUAAAACUGUAAAACUUUUAUUUUUUUAAGAAUGGUAGAAUUAAGUUUUAAAAUUUGGAUAAAUAUAGAUUAUUAUUAUCUUUGAGCAUUGAAACAUCUUUGUUACACCGAUAUAUGUAUUAAAAAAAAAUAAUGAGAGAGGGAGAGGUAAGCAAGAAAAUGACUAGUUGCAUGACUAUCGUUUAUUCUAGAUUUAUUUUUACUCACAACUAAAAAACAAAGGUGCUGUACGAAUGUUAUCAAAGGGUAUCACGCACGUAUGAUCUCAUAUCCAAGAUGUUAAUAUGUCAAUCAGUGUUAUGGUAAAAGGCCAAUUACUAAAUAACACUUAAAAUUUUGGAGGAUAUGCUUUGUUUUGCCAGCUGCCAACUUCUUGAAAAGUUAUUAUAUGCAUUAAAACAAAAGAGAGAAAUCUGUAAUUCAUACUUGAAAACAAAACAAGUUAUAAAAAAUGGUAUAUUUUUAGAAUUUUUUAUCAAAAUAAUAUAAAAGUUGUUUACUGAUCGGAUUGAAAAGGUUUGCUGAAUUGAUACUUGAACAAAGACUAUGGAUAUUACGCCUUCUAUAAUUGCAUCUAUCAAUUGUCAAUAUUUUCCCUCUGGCCUUCCCUUUUUACCUCUACCAACCCCAGACCCCCUCCCCUCUCUCCCUCUAUCCAAAUUCUC